UGGAAGCACGAAGGAGGGUCUGAGGAGGCCGCCUGCACGGCCCUCUGGCGCGGCCGUUGAGGACUCACCCCCCCGCCUCCGCGGGCGCGCGCGCGCUCGCAGUGCGCCCCCCGCAGUACACCCCGCCGUUCCCGCGCGCGCCAUCCCGGGUGGGACCUGCAGCCGCAGGGCCCAGCUCUUGCCUCCCAGCUCUGCCGCCCGCUGCCGGGCUUCGCUGGGCCGUGAGCGCCGUCCGACUGCCGGAACGAGCCUUUCCGGCGGAGGAGGCAGUGCGUUCAUUUGGGCGCGCCCCGGGAAGGAAGGUGCCUCCCAGCGCGCAUCGAGAGCGGGGCGGGGAGGGGCCGGGCUUUGCCUGCAGCCCGGGAGAGCAGCGUUGGGACCGCGGAAGGGCGCCUGCCCCCUCGGGGUCUGGGAUACCGGGACCCCUGGCUCCGUUGAAUGUCCGGGACGGAAGGGGCCUGGUCGACCCCGUCCGCCACCCUCCCCUCCCCCUCACUACAGACAGGGGAAAUGGACGCCUGGAGAGCGGAAAUCCAGUUAUCAGAGUUGACUCCAGAAGAGAGAACCUAACAGACCUAACAAUGGAAGAAAUUGAGGAAGUUAUCAAAAAGCUACCAUCCCCCAAAACACCAGUCCCAGAUGGUGUUUCAGCAUGGUCUGGUACGGCCACUCUUUGUCCCAGGGCAUCCUCCCAAAGUCAUUGCCAUCUGUGGUAUGACAGCAGGAACAUGAACUCUGGAGGCAGACUUCAUUUCAAGAUGCCAGCUCCACCAGUUACUAACUACCUUGGAUGAAGGUUAAAAAAAUCCUUCCCGAAGAAGAUCUUAAGCAACACGAUGGAUUCAGAAGCUCAUGAAAAGAGGCCACCAAUCCUAACAUCUUCAAAGCAAGAUAUAGCACCUCAUAUUGCAAAUGUUAGUGAAAUGAAGCAUUACUUGUGUGGCUGCUGUGCGGCUUUCAACAAUAUAGCCAUCACAUUUCCCAUUCAGAAGGUCCUCUUUCGGCAACAGCUGUAUGGAAUCAAAACCCGGGAUGCAGUACUUCAAUUGAGGAGGGAUGGGUUUCGAAAUUUGUAUCGCGGAAUCCUUCCCCCUUUAAUGCAGAAGACGACUACACUGGCACUUAUGUUUGGUCUGUAUGAGGAUUUAUCUUGCCUUCUCCGUAAGCAUGUCAGUACCCCAGAGUUUGCAACCUGUAGCCUGGCCGCAGUACUUGCAGGAACGACAGAAGCAAUUUUCACUCCAUUGGAAAGAGUUCAAACAUUGCUUCAAGACCACAAGCAUCAUGACAAAUUUACAAACACUUAUCAGGCUUUCAAAGCACUGAAAUGCCAUGGAAUUAGAGAGUAUUAUCGAGGCUUGGUGCCUGUUCUUUUCCGUAACGGAUUCAGCAAUGUCCUUUUUUUUAGCCUUCGAGGUCCCAUCAAGGAGUACCUGCCUACAGCAACAACCCACGGUGCUCAUUUGGUCAAUGAUUUUAUCUGCGGGGGCCUGUUGGGUGCCAUGUUGGGGAUCUUGUUUUUUCCAGUUAAUGUUGUAAAAACUCGCAUGCAAUCUCAGAUUGGUGGGGAAUUUCAGUCUUUCCCUAAGGUUUUCCAAAAAAUCUGGCUAGAACGGGACAGGAAACUGACAAAUCUUUUCAGAGGUGCCCAUCUGAAUUACCAUCGAUCCCUCAUCUCUUGGGGCAUAAUUAAUGCGACUUAUGAGUUCUUGUUAAAGAUUAUAUGAAAGAAAUCAGUUAAGUGCCAUUAAUCAACUGAAUAGACCUAAGAAGAAUGCAGUUUGGCCUUGUUUCUAAUUGGCCAAAUACAAGUUGGUGUCCUAAGUCCAGGGCACAGUGAAUUACGGGCAAAGCUGUUUUUCUUAAGCACCAACAAAUUCAGAAUAAAAGGUUUCAGUAGGAAAAUUUAAGGUUUGGGGGGGAUUUUGGGGGGGACAGUGUUAGUACUUUUUUUAAUCAUUAUCUGAGAACUUUAGGCUAAUUGCCUGGUUAAUAGCUGUCUAUCUGAUGGCUUUUGACAAGGAAACUAACAGCCAAGAUAUAUGAUACUUUUUUCCACAAAUCUUCUGUAUUGAAGCAUAAGUGGCCAUGACCAGCCAGAGGAAAGGCUCUUAGGGUCCCAUGAUUUCUCAGGCUUACUUCUAUUACUCCAUUUCUUCUCUGCUUUUAGGAGGAGUUACAAAGGGUAGUUUUUGUUAACUUAAAACAUAUACAUGGUAGGAAAAAGGAGCAGAAGAGAGAAGAAAAACAGCUUAUUAUGUGUAGGUUUUUCAUGAUAAAUUGUUUGUAUUCGUUUUGAAACUAAGCACCUGUUGGGAUGGUCAUUAUCCAAAUUAUUUCUCUUUCGACGUGGUAGACUAAAGCAACUAAUGACAUCUCCCAUUUUGCUUUCUAGGGUAGAAAGUUUUCUCUGUAUUUCUCAAUAUGACCUUAAAGCUUCCCAAAAUAUUUUUAUAUUAAUUUCACUAUUUCGUUGCCAGAAAACGUGGAGGCUUAAAUUUUGUUAAAGGUGUUUCAUCCCAUUAAGAAGGUUCAUAUUACAGGUAUCCCCCACUUCUCCAGAGUUUCCUUUAUGCCACUUCGCUUUUACAAAAGACCUACAUUAGUACCUGUUUUCACUAACCAAAAGAAAUACGGAGAUGAUUUUUGCUUUUACAAGAAAAGGUGAUUGCUUCCUCAUUCUAUGCCAUUUCGGCUUACAAAAAGUUCCGCAGGAAUGCGGGGGAAACCUGUAAUUGCAUUACAGAUCCAAUUCUGUUUAGCUCAGCUUCUUUGAAUUGUUGUUGCCAAUUUAGUGAAGAGCUUUGGAGUUUUGGUAGUUUUUCCUUUGAGUAGUAGUUUGUCAUAGUCAAGUAUCCUGUUCUCUUGAAACUCCCUUUAAAAAAACAACAAAAUGCUUCCAUAAAAUUUUAUUUUGGAAGUCUAUUAAUAGGACCUCAGAUUUUUUUUCUGGUUUCUAAGUGUUCUGGGGAAGGGGAAAAAAACUCAGUACUUUUUCCCAGAUAAAUAAGGCAAAGUGACUCAUACACCAAUUGAAUAACUAAUAAAACAUACGAGACAUCCUAGAAAAGUGGUUUAUCGAUCUUUUAAAAAUCCACAUCUGUAAGUAUUAUGUCGUUAAGAUUACCUUCCAGCAUCUGACACGGAGCAGAGCACAUGGGUUUUAUUACCAGUCUUUCAUCGUUCUGGGUAAUUGCAUGUUACUCUGUGCACAUGCUGACCAAAAUAAAGUCAGGGUCUCAAUUGGUAGUUUACUCAGUUUCUGGACAGAUAGUCCAAAAACGAUGUUUACCUCUCAAUGCAGGGUGGCUGGUCAAGUGACAGGAACAUCUUCCUUCCAGCUGUGAAGCAUUCGGAGGCAUUGUCACGCGUUUGCCAGGCAGUAGUGAAGCUCACUAGCUUUACAAAGGCUCUGUCUGACAGCGUUGUGCUGGAAAUGGCCAUUAAUUUUAGAAACCAAGGUGCAGGUGUAAGGAUUUGAGAAAACAAGGAUUUGACACCAAAUAAAUGAGAGUAGCAUCCUUUGGCCUAUGGAAUAGAGUCAGGAUUUCAAGUGGGUUGAGUUUCAGGAAUGAGUGGCAAAGGCACUGGUGUCUGAUCCCCUCGCUCCUGUGUAUGUGUGUCCAGCACUCCUGGGCAUAUAUGAGUGCUCAGCAUGUGGCCGGUGCGUUAGCCUGGGGUCACACCCUGACCCUGGGAGUAGACUCCACUGGCCUUCAGUUCCACGGGGCUUCCUUUUGCCUCUACACUCCACGUAGGUGAUAGAAAUCUAAAUUCUAAAGCACUUUUGUGAAAUACAAGUGAAGUGAGAAUUUGAAGGAGGGUGCUUCCUCUUCUGCUGUCUCAAACAUGUGGCAUUUAAAAACAAAUAUUUUUUUAAUGGUUUUAACUCAUUAUAUUUUUUGAUUUCUUUGUCACUUUUUACAGCUUUUGAAGACCAAACUGCAAAUACGUUACCAGGGUUGGUUUUAUGUUGUCCUAUAUUUUCUUAAAUUUGACAAAAAACUCAGCAGAAUUUGUGGUAGCCAACAGCUUUGUCUGAAAUUUAAAAGAAGUCAAAAUGUGUUAUUAGUAAGGAAGAGAUUCUAACUAUUGUUUUUGCCUUCAGUGUGAACUAGUAUGGUAAUAAUUUGGAAAAAGCAAACAUGAGUGAAUAACUUUUAUCUGCACAGCUUUAAAAGUGGCCUUUCUGUGGCACAGACAGCUCAUGAGCGCAGGGCACUCCUGGUCUUGCCUCCUAUACUUCAUUCUGAUGCCACCAGAAAUAUGUUCUGGAUUCUAUACGUAACACCCUUAGAGUGGUAUGAGCCCUCAGGACUGUACUACAGAGUAAACUCAACCUCUGUAUGGUGGCAAAUGUAUGUGUCUUUGUUUCAUUUGUGGUUGGAGACAAAGUUGAUGCUUUAGUCUCAAUAGUCAAUAUUCAUCUUACUUUAUGGUUGGUUAUAUAAUCACCUGCUAUAUAUUACGAACUGUGCAAUGAGACAGAAUUGUGCAUAUAUAGUCAUCUUUGGAGACCUGCAAUUCCUUGGCUUGAUUACAGUGGUGAUACUCAGUUACAGGGCUGUACAAACCUUAAUAAGAGGAUAACGGGUGGUACUGGAGGGCUUCACGGUAAGCCGAUCAUGUUGACCAACACUGUUCAGUGUAGAUGAAGUACUGUCGUGUGAGGGGCAUGCAGUCAAGAUGGAAGCGAGGUGGGAGAUCACAUUUAAAGAAAGGGUAAGCACUCAGCCUUGGUUUCUUUUAAAAUAGUCUGUUUUCUCACGUGCUUAUAAAUGUGUAUCAAAGACUUGAAUAGGCAUUCUCCUUAACUCUGAGGAUUUUUCGUUUUUAAUGCUGUCUUUUUGCCUAAUAGUGAAUAUUUGCUUGCCUAAAUGGCUCCUAAAUUGUGGAGGAGUCUACAUGUUUCCUUUUUUAAAGUUUCAUUAUUAAAAGUGGUUGUUUUUGUUUGAUAUUUUGAGUUUUGUGACUAUAUGAGUUUAAAUGAAAUCUGUUAAAUGUUUCAGAGUUAACGUGUUUCUUUUGGUAUUUCUGAUGGGAAUAAAUUUUUUUUUAAGUCCA